AUGUCUGAUGACGAAAUAAGUCUUGAAGGUGACCUUUUCCAAGAACCAGAAAACUAUACGAAACCUCCACCUGAACCACAUUUUGCUCAUUAUGAUAGAAAGAUCGAAGGUGCAGAACCAAAGACGAUAGAUCUCAGACUCGUUGGUCUGUCACCACUUUGGGGUCAUCUUCUUUGGAACGCAGGUAUUUAUACUGCUGACUACUUGGAUAAGCAUGCCCAAACUUUGGUUACUGGGAAAAAAGUUCUUGAGUUGGGAGCUGCUGCAGCUCUCCCAUCUUUGGUUUGUGCUGUAAACGGUGCAAAGGAGGUAGUAUCUACAGAUUAUCCAGAUCCAGACCUUGUAAGUAACAUACAAUACAACUUUGAUCAUUGCAAAGAUACAAACUCACCUUGGAGAGUGCAAGGAUACAUCUGGGGAGACCAAUUCAAACCAUUAAUCUACGGUACGGAUGAAUCUACAUGGAAGGAAGAAAUUGCUGAAGAAGAUAAGUUUGACUUGAUCAUUUUGUCUGACUUGGUGUUCAACCAUACUGAACACUUGAAGCUUUUGGAAACUUGUAGACGUUGUUUAAAGUCAACUGGCCGUUGUUUGGUUGUCUUUUCUCCUCAUAGAGCUUGGUUAUUAGAAAAGGAUUUGGAAUUCUUUGAAACUUGUAAAGAUUUCGAUUUUGAAGCUGAAAAGAUCGACUUGGUUAAUUGGAAGCCAAUGUUUGAAGAAGAUGAAGAAACUGCAGACAUUAGAGCUAGAGUUUAUUCAUUUUUCUUGAACCCAAAGUUUUAA